UCUCCUCCUUAGCAAUCACGCCCCCACCCACGAUCAAAGCAGCCCUUUAGCCCAGAGCACCGAGACCCCACUCCCGAUGCCCCUCGGCCCCACCGCUCUUCCAUCCCAGCUGACAUUAAACAGCAAGUCCAGCCGCCUCCCCACUUGGGGCCUCCGCGUCCAGACCAACCGGGCAGGGCAAGCCCCUACAGCGACGCGCAGCGCAGUACCCAGCCCAGGGACCCCCGGUUGGGCGGCGGGGGGAGGUGGUUAGAGGGUGGAGAAGAGGAACCCCCCAGGCCCCGGCCGCCACCCAAGGUCAGCCCCUGAGCGCGCCGGGGCAGCUCCUACGGGUUUCUGGCCGACUUGCCCGCCCCCCCCCCUCCCCGUGGGGAGGGGCUGCGGCCACUCGGAGUCGCCAGGGGUCCGGAGGCUCCUCCCCGGGGGUGGCAGAGCAGGAAGCGGGGAGCGCGGCGGGCGGGGGCGCGGGCGCGGUGCGGGGCCCCGGGCGGCGGAGUAUGCGCGGGCCUCGGCGGCCAGCCCCGGCGCACAGCCGCGGCCGGGGCGCGCGGCGCGGGGCGGAAAAGCCUGUUUACACAGACUGCACACCGCCUGGGGAAUAAUGCAGUAAAGGAAGUGAGCCGGCUCGGCCUGACUGCUCCAACUUCCUGCUCUCACACACACCAGAGGGGGAAAAAAAAAAAAAAGAGGAGCGAGAGAAAGAAAAAAAAGGGGGGGAAAUCAGGAUCUCAUUACAAGAGCAACAGACCGUCUGCAGACGCCUGUCAGCAUGGAAAGUCGGGGGCUUUCGCCCGGUUCCUCCUAGAAAUUCCCCCGAAGAAGGAUCUUGAAAGCUCCCCCACAUCUGGGUAUGGAGAGUGCAAUCACGCUGUGGCAGUUCCUGUUGCAGUUACUGCUGGACCAGAAACAUGAGCACCUGAUCUGCUGGACUUCCAACGAUGGUGAAUUCAAGCUCCUCAAAGCAGAAGAAGUGGCCAAGCUGUGGGGACUCCGGAAGAACAAAACAAACAUGAACUACGACAAGCUGAGCAGAGCCCUGCGAUACUAUUAUGACAAGAAUAUCAUCAAGAAGGUGAUCGGGCAGAAGUUUGUAUACAAAUUUGUCUCUUUCCCGGAGAUACUGAAAAUGGACCCUCACGCGGUGGAGAUCAGCCGGGAGAGCCUCUUGCUGCAGGACAGCGAGUGCAAGGUGCCCCCCGAGGGCCGUGAGGCGCACAGACAUGGCCUGUCCGCCCUCAAGAGCGCCAGCCGCAAUGAGUACAUCCACUCGGGCCUGUACUCGUCCUUCACCAUCAACUCCCUGCAGAACCCGCCUGAGCCCCUCAAGGCCAUCAAGACAGAGAAGCUGGAGGAGCAGCUGGAAGACAGCCCCCCCGCGGAAGAAGUCAGGACUGUCAUCAGGUUUGUGACCAACAAAACCGAUAAGCACGUCAGCCGGCCCGUGGUGUCCCUGCCCUCCACGUCGGAGGCCUUCCUGGCCUCGUCCGUGUCCGCCAAGAUCUCCUCCUUAAUGUUGCCGAACGCCGCCAGCAUCUCGUCCGCCUCGCCCUCCUCGUCUCGGUCCCCAUCGCUGUCCCCCAACUCGCCCCUCCCUUCCGAACACAGGAGCCUCUUCCUGGAGGCUGCCUGCCAUGACUCGGAUUCCCUGGAGCCCUUGAACCUGUCGUCGGGCUCCAAGACCAGGUCUCCAUCACUCCCCCCAAAGGCCAAAAAGCCCAAAGGCUUGGAAAUCUCCGCGCCCCCACUGGUGCUUUCCGGCACCGACAUCGGCUCCAUCGCCCUCAACAGCCCGGCCCUCCCCUCGGGAUCCCUCACCCCAGCCUUCUUCACUGCCCAGACACCAAAUGGACUGCUUCUGACCCCGAGUCCACUGCUGUCCAGCAUACAUUUCUGGAGCAGCCUUAGUCCAGUUGCUCCACUGAGUCCUGCCCGGCUGCAAGGGCCAAGCACGCUGUUUCAGUUCCCAACACUGCUUAAUGGCCACAUGCCAGUGCCAAUCCCCAGUCUGGACAGAGCUGCUUCUCCAGUACUGCUUUCUUCGAACUCUCAGAAAUCCUGAUGCCAUCUGGCCACAAUUUAAAGACUCAUUCACUGAUGAAACAGUUUGUCCCCAUGGGCUAGUUUACCUGUGUCGUGAGAAGGAUGUUGUGAAACCCGUCUGUUAAUUUGGUUUGCACUUUUCAUAACAUGGAUGGUCUAGAUUUAUGUUAGCAUUUUAAAACCUUUUUUAUAUUCAAGUAUAUAUGAAAAUCUGUUUUGCAUUAAGUGAAUUUUAAUGUUUUUGUUUUUAUAUCUUCUUAGCUCUUAAGUGUUGAACACUGUUGACAGUGAAGAACUUUUCUAAAUGGUUUUCAAUGAAAUAAGGAUGUGAAGCUUUCUUCCUCUUUAAUUCUGCAAAUGCUGAACUGUGCUUAUAUACACUAUAACCAGCUGUGCCUUCCUUUGCAUUUAGUUUAUUGUAAAUUAUCUAUAUAUAUAUUUUUAGUAUUCAGAAAAUGUUUGAAAGACAAAAAUUAGUAUCAAACAACUCUAGUAGAAUUUCAUUAUUUUUCACAAGUAGGCAAUAUGAAAGCAUUCAUUACUUUUCUUUUUGGCUUUCAACUGUAUGAGAAUUGCCUUAGAACCUCUUUUGAACUGAAAUUCAGUGAAUAUAAUAUCCAAGUAAUGUUUUUAUAAAAAACAAGCCAUAUUUAGACAAUAAAAUUUCAUGAAAAUGUUCUAAAGUGCAUUUUUUGAAAAAAUGAACCUUGAAAGGCUAGCCUCCUGUUUACAAUCUUUGAGACUCCUUCCACACAAAAGCCUGAGAUGGAAAAACUAUAUCAAGUUCAAUCUAUGCCCCUGGAAUAUUUCCUAGGUUAGCACAUGCUUAUUUUAAAAAAUUAACCUGGUUCUUCCCAUUUUCCAUUGAGAAUCAUACCUCUCUGAUGCAUUUACUGUAUCUAAGUUAGGGUUUCUCUGAACCCCAGAAACUAAUUAACAUUUAAAAAUCCUGCGCUUUGGAAAAGGUUCACAGAUUGGUGAUGAAUACAUAUAACAAAGAAAACAUUUUGUAAUACCAGGUAUCUUCAUGUGUAUGGGUAAAGCCUUGGUUGUGGAAAUUGAGGUGUAGGAUACACUGCUUUAUGUAUUACUGUUUAUGGUGAGAAUGAAGGAAAAUUGAUUAAAAAAUAUAAAAUUCUUCAGGAACCUUAUUGUGGAACUGAACUUAUGUAACAACCUGCAGUACUAAGCAGUGAAUACUUUUGUGUAGUGUAGUUUAGAGCAGUGAUAAUAGAAACAUUUUCUGUUCCUUCAGAAAAAUCAGCAGGCACCAGUUUAAGGUGCCCAUCUGUAUAUGAAGUAGUAAAGUUCUAAUGUAAGAUUCAAGAACUGGAAGAUGCCCAGUGCGUUCAACUCAGUAAAAUUACCAUCCUUAACUAUAACAGAAACCAAUUUGAAAUGUGGCUAAAUAAUUCACUGAUCCAAAUGAGGCGUUAAAUGGCAGGGAUUAUGAGAAAGGGUAAAAAACAAAGGUUGUAAAAACAAACAUUUGAGUUUUCAAGAAAUCUAAAAUUUUGUUGCGACACUUUUAAUGCUUGAGAUGUUCAACUGGAAUUGAGCUUGAGAUUUUCGAUUGGAAUUUUACUUGGUGAUGUAAGCCCUUAUCUGGGGAAAAAAUCCAAACUCUAAUAUGCAUCUUUGGAUGUAAAGUAAUGGGCCUGGUUCCACAAUCUGCAAGGAGACACUACUGCCACUACCCACAGACUAAGGAUGAUUCUAGACUAGAAUAAAGAGCUAGUCCAGGGGACUGGUGUUUACCGAACAUAAAAUGUUAGAAGAGGCCUUUGAGAUACCAGGUAAGGACAACUGCACAGAAGUGCGAAUGCCUAGAGCUACAUAGCUCACUGAAGGUAGAACAAUGACUGGUGCUCAGUCCAGUUCUACCUCCACACGCCUAGCUAUAGGUACCAACUGGUCCAAAACUGCAUGUUAAGUAGAAAAAAACAAAAGAGCAUUAAAAACAAACAAAAAACAAGUCAGAUAAGAGCAUACCUCAAAUGCAGGAUUCUUAGAGAAACUGAAGUCAAUGUGCAAAAACCUCAAUCUAGUAUUCCCUUCCUCCAAAUACUAUGAUUAACAUACACUCUAGCUCCAUUUAUUAGAAAUGGAAAAAAUACAGUAAUUUUUGAUGCACCAAAAAAACUCACAUGACACAAAUAGAUAACUGGAGGUGUUGAAGUAUAUAAGCCUUAUUGCUCUGCCUCAUUCUGUGUGUGUGUGUGUAUGUUGGGUUUGUCUUUUUUAAACAAUUAUUUUAGUCAAAAAAUACGUUUCAAAGAACAUAAUAACUUUGUUUUCCCUUUUUAUGUUUGCUUGAUCAGUGUUAAAAUGCUAUGGUAAAGUUUAUAGAACUAUAACCUGUUGGUCUCUUUUGUACACAUCUUUUCUAUGACUGCAAAUCUUCACUCAAUUUUCAUAUAUGUAUCAUUUUUACUGUUAUAUUAUUUUUGUUCAAUAAAUACUUUGUGAUAAAAGGUGUGAAGAGGCAA